AUAAAUCAACAAUUAUAGCAACUAUUUUAGACCCACAAGCAAAAUUAUCAAAUUUUCAACCAGGUUCAGAAUCAUCAUCAGCAAUUUCUAAUCUUCGUAUAAAAUUUCAAGAGUAUUUAGAUGAAUAUUCUAUAAUUCAAGAAUUAAAUCCACCACAAACUAAUUCACAAUAUAAUUAUCAUAAAUAUUUUCGACAACUAAAAAAUCACAAUGACCUAGAGCCCAAAUUUUUGAUACAUGUUUUUGAAAUAUCAUAUUCUACUUCAGAUGGCGUAAAUGUUUUAUUGGUAAAAGAUCAGCAGUAG